AUCAGCUCUUAUCAAGAGUGACGACGACAUUCUUGGUUUUUGUCUGACCUCGGCUCUUUCUGUGAAGCUGUUCUUCAAUAAUAAACAUCACCCACGACAAUGCCUUCUCCAACAGGAGCAGUCUUAAUUGCUCGAGCUCUCCAUGAACUGGGUGUCAAGGUCAUUUUCGGACUUGUUGGAAUCCCCGUUGUCCAAAUUGCAGAAGAAGCAAUUGCUUUGGGAAUCAGAUUCAUUGCAUUCAGGAACGAACAAGCAGCAAGCUAUGCAGCCACAGCUUAUGGAUAUCUCACUGGCAGGCCGGGAGUCUGUCUCGUUGUUGGAGGACCUGGUGUUAUCCACGCUAUGGCAGGCGUCAUCAAUUCCUCUGCGAACGCCUUCCCUCUACUGCUACUUGCAGGUUCGAGCGAGACACAUCUAGUGACGAAGGGUGGUUUUCAAGAGAUGGACGCCAUCAGUUUGUUAGCACCACACACCAAGAUUUCUAUACAAGCCUCCCUCGACUCUAUACCUCAAUCUCUUACGAAUGCAUAUCGAACUUCGUGGUAUGGCAGAGCGGGAACAUCAUUUGUGGAUCUCCCAGCCGAUGUCAUACAGGAAGUAGGAGAGGAGGAAAGCACGCAUAUUGUACCUUUACCAUCUAAACCAGCAGCAGAUCCGGACAGGAUAAGACAAGCUGCGAUUCUUCUCAAGUCUGCAAAAGCACCUUUAGUCAUUGUUGGGAAAGGAGCUGCAUAUGCUCAAGCCGAGGUCACUAUCAGAAAAUUGAUAGAUCAAAGCAACAUACCAUUCCUGCCCACACCUAUGGGCAAAGGUGUUCUGCCGGAUUCCCACCCAUCAAACACAGCUUCCGCUCGAUCAACAGCCUUGGAGGGAGCUGAUGUGGUCCUUCUACUAGGUGGAAGACUGAAUUGGAUAUUACAUUAUGGAGAAGCCCCAAAGUGGAAUCACGCUGUCAAAAUUAUCCAGGUUGAUAUCUCUGCUGAAGAACUAGGUCGAAAUACUGGUGAUGCAUCCCUCGCCAUUCUUGGAGAUAUCAACUUGGUGGCCUCUCAGCUCAUCACUGCCUUAUCAGGCUGGACGUAUAGCACAUCUUCUCCUUAUGUCUCUACCAUUCGAUCUAGUGCAGCCAAGAAUGAAGGAAAAGCCCGCCAGGCUGCCAAAAGUUCAAAGAUACCUAUGACAUACGCAAAGACGUUCACUACCAUCAAAGACACCCUUGAUCAACUCUCACCUCUCAAUGAUGGAGACAUAGUUUACGUAUCGGAAGGUGCGAACACAAUGGAUAUCUCUCGCUCGAUAUUUCCUGUCUCACAUCCACGCCUCCGCCUCGAUGCUGGUACACAUGCAACAAUGGGCGUAGGGCUGGGAUAUGCCAUUGCAGCACAUUGUGCUUACAAUCUCCCCAGUCCGGAAGGACUGUCCGAGUCCUCUUCUUCCCACAAAAAGGUGGUAUGCUUGGAAGGCGAUUCUGCGUUCGGAUUCUCACUGGCAGAAGUGGAGACCAUGUCUAGGUAUGGCAUGGACAUUCUGAUUUUUGUUAUCAACAAUUCGGGCGUUUAUCACGGGGAUAGCGAGAGUAGUGAUGACUGGUUGGAGAAGCAGAAGCUCACAAUAGCGGGAAAAUCUGGGAAGGGUGGACUAAGAAGUAGUAGUUUGGGGUGGGAAGUGGAGUAUGAGAAAAUUGCUGAGAUGUGUGGCGGCAAAGGAUAUUUGGUACGAACUCCAGAUGAAUUGGCAAAAGCUACAGAGGAAGGCUUCAAAGCCAGUGUUCCAGUUGUUGUCAAUGUCAUCAUUGAAGCCGGAACAGGUCAGAAAUUGGAAUUUGCAUGGCAGAACAAUUCCAAGAAGACAAAGAAAACAGCAGCAAAAUUAUAAGCCUGCCUUUGCAAAACCGGCGCAUCUGUACAUCACCCUGGCGGAGUAAAGGCGCCCACGGUGAGGAAUCCAUAGAAUGGGAGCUUGGAUAUCUAAGACAUAGAUUCUCACGAAAUAAAAUGACAUCGAUGAUCUUUCCACGCA